GCGUUUAGUGCAACAACUUCUCCAGUGCGGCAUCCAGAGUUGAAUUGGCAUGCUGUGCGCGUAGCACCCAGACCCCUCUAGGGCUUUACCUGAGUCUAGACGCAUCUCACUUUCUCCGCACUGCCGCACGCUCAACCACGGCCGCCUCGCGCACAGGUUCAACGGAGAGCGCGCGGCAGGUCGCACGCAUCAGCAUUCAGACAGCUUUCUUCAAUUCGGUCUGCCUGUGAUCGGUGACUCUGUGCUCUAAACCGAGUGACAGAAUGAUGCACCCCUCGAUAAUUCUGUGCUCGGGCGUCUUGCCUGUGCGUUCACGGUGAAUAGCUGCCUGUAGAGAGAAAGUGUCCGACUCCUCCAUUGAAACACUUUCCAGGAGAUCGCAAGCAAGGAGACUCUGUAGUGCUGAGCUUUAAGAUAUGGCUCAGAUGCUGCAGAUGGCGAUACCCAACUUUGGCAACAAUGUCUUGGAGUGUCUUAAUGAACAGAGACUUCAGGGACUGUACUGUGAUGUAUCAGUGGUGGUGAAGGGUCACACAUUUAAAGCCCACCGGGCAGUGCUGGCUGCCAGCAGCUCCUACUUUCGAGAUUUGUUCAACUCUGGAUGUAAGAGCUCUGUUGUGGAGUUACCACCAGCGGUCCAGCCUCAGAGCUUCCAGCAGAUCCUUUCCUUCUGUUACACCGGCCGACUUAGCAUGAAUUUGGGCGAUCAGUUUCUCUUAAUGUACACGGCAGGAUUCCUGCAGAUUCUGCAGAUUAUGGAAAAAGGCACAGAGUUCUUCCUAAAGGUAAGCUCACCAAGUUGUGACUCACAGGGACUUCACACAGAAGAAACACCACCAUCAGAACCCCAGAGCCCUGUUACUCAAACUGGGAGCGGUACAGUAGGAGGGGGUGCAGUUGCCACUGCAACAGCUCGACCUGCUUCCUGCCUAACGCCCCUUCCUUUAGUGUCAAGGGUGAAGACAGAGCAGCAACCUCAAGCCCAGCAGCCCCAACAAGAAGCAUCAUCAUUUUCAGUGGUUUGCACUCCAGUUGCUAAGCGUCUUUGGGAGGGAGGUAACCGUGAAGGAGGUGGAGGAUCUGGAGGAGGAGGAGGUUUGAGGAAAGCAGCCCGCUAUUCACAGGAAGUGGCACGGGGCACGGGAGGGGCACUGCCUCAAAGUGCAGCAUUAUUGGGUGGAAGUGGUAUCACUAAUAGCAACAACAACAACAACAAUAAUAACAACAACAGCAGUAGCACACCGGAAGGCACCAGCCCAGGCACCCCCAGCAUGUACACCAGUGACUCGCCAAUCUCGUACCACGAUGAUGAUGAAGAAGAAGAGGAAAUCACAGACGAAACGACAGAAGAACAGUAUAGACAGAUCUGUAAUAUGUACACUAUGUACAGCAUGUUGAAUGUAGGGGCAACAGCCAGCGAACGAGUGGAGUCACUACCAGACCACCUCACAGUUGAAUCAAGGGGAAGAGGAGUUCGAGUGAGGCAAGAUCUGGCCUCUCUUCCCAGUGAGCUCAUUGCACAGAUCGGAAACCACUGUCAUCCUAAACUCUAUGAAGAAGGUGACCCUGCUGAGAAACUGGAGCUAGUAACAGGCACCAGUGUUUUUAUUUCACGUGCUCAGCUGAUGAACUGCCACGUUAGUGCAGGCACACGUCACAAAGUGUUGCUCAGACGGCUCCUUGCUGCCUUUUUUGACCGAAGCACUCUUGCCAACAGCUGUGGGACAGGCAUUCGGUCCUCCACAAAUGACCCCAAUCGCAAGCCACUCGACAGUCGGGUUCUCCAUGCUGUUAAGUUUUACUGCCAGAACUUUGCUCCUAGUUUCAAAGAGAGUGAAAUGAACGCGAUCGCUGCAGACAUGUGCACUAAUGCACGCCGCGUAGUACGCAAGAGCUUGAUUCCGAAACUGAAGCUUCUGAUGGCAGAAAGUGACGCAUAUGCCAACUUUCUUCCGGACACUUCCAAAUUGGAGUCUGAUGGCUUGGCUGUGGAGCAUGCUUUUGAAACAGGAUCCCUAGAAGGUGGCACAGCCUCUGAAUCUGGCCAGUCAUCUACAGAUGCCCUGCAAGGUGUGAGCGGGGAGGGUAACAGCUUGUUUUAGUGAGUAACACUACCAUAGUUCAGUCAUUCAUUCCUCUUCCACUUCUCCAUCACAUCCCAGUCUCACCUUGUGCGCUGAUGUAAUUUGGAAGCACAUUCCUGAAGAGGAGGGUCCUGUAGGUAUAUUUGGGAUGAGCGGAAGGGGAAAUGGUGUCUGAAAGCUCGUAUCCAGUCUGAAAACACUGUCAUGAUUCUGAAUGUAUAAUUUUGGAGAAUCCAGAAAGUUAAUGUUGCUGGACAUAAGAUUGUAUUCAUCUGUUAAUAUUAAGUGGCUGUGUACCUGCUUUCUGGACUCCAUUUCCUCUUUCUGCAAAAACACCCUGAGACACCUUUACUUUUUUUCUUUUUAAUUAGAUUUUCCUUUUAUCUAAAUAACAUUUGUAAUUUUUUUGCCAACUAUUCAACUUUUUGUCUUGCCAAGUAUCCCAAGAGAGGCAAUGUGCCAUUUAUGAAUGUAAUGAAUUUGUAAGAGGCAAUCUGUUUAUCUGAAACUACUGUUGAGUUUUGAUAGAAAGAGUCUGUGCAAAAUUCUUACCUUUUGAUCAAUGAAUAGUGAAUUGUUAUUCACAUGUUUUUGCAUUAGCAAAAUCCAAAAUCUAUUUUAAUCAUUUUAUUUUGGUAUAUUACCAAUGCUUCACAUUGUUACUUUGGUUUAUUUGAUCAAAAUCGGCACACGUUUUUACUGUCAAAUAUCUCCAAAGCAAAUCCCAAAACACUCUCACAAGGUCUUUUAAAUUUGUCUUUAUGUUCUUAGUAGUUUUGUACGACACAUGACGUAGGGCUGGCGUCUGUGUGCUCUGUAAAUAAGUCUGUAUGAAGGCUGCAGAUGGUAGUAUUUGAUGUGCUGUAUCUCACAGUUGACUGCUUCAUGCACCGAUUGCACAAGCGUGGUGCAUGCUGCCGCAUGGCGCAUUCUAACAUGCUAUGCUUCAGCGCCUCAGACAGAGAUGCAUUAAAUGCUUUGAUGAGUGCAGUAUUAGAGAUUGGCACUGAACGGGCAUUAGUGCCCUAGCUACAGUGGUUCUAAACCACUAAAGACCACUCUGAGAGUGGAAGCUGUUUUGUAGUCUCUUUGUUUUUUUUAUGCGGAUUUGAAAAGACAGUUUUUAAUUGUCUCUUGAUGGCUUUCGGGUUUCAGAAAGAGGAGUUCUUGAAGUCUGUAAUGCUAAUGAAGAGCUGUUUUAAUCCCAGAUUUGAAAAAGAAAGAACCAUGUGACCAUGUCAUUUAAAGUGUAGUUGCACUCUUAAACAUAUUUAAGGAUGUGCUAUAAUUAGAUUCCCAAAGUAUGACCUGCAUCUUCAGGUGUUUUAAGCACACUUAUGUCGUGAAAUGUGGACUGUAUUGUUUGAAUUUUUCAUUCUCUGGCUGUGAUUGGACAAGAUAAUCUCAGUCCAAAAGCAUCAAAUAAUUUUUAACCUAAAAACUAAAAUAUUAACACAGAACCCUACUGUUUGUGGGUUUUAAAUGUUUACACUUAAUUUAAAAGGACAGUUCACCCAAAAAUGCUAAUUGUCAUUAUCUACUCACCCAUCCAUUCCAUCCAAAACUGAAUGGCUUUAUUUUGUGAAACACAAAAGAAGAUAUUUUGAAGAUGUUGGUACCAAACC